CCUCUUCCGUUACUUUCCCUCUCCUCAAUUCCAGCUCACAGCGCUCGCUCUCUCUGCUGCUUGCAAUUGCAGUCCGCCAAGCUCUGUGAAAAGAAAUGGCCGUGGAGACGGUUGUGCCAGAGGCGAGCGCGAACGCGGCGGUCAAACUCGGGCCGUCGACCAACGAGAAGGACGCGGAGAAGCUGCGGUUCAUCGAGGAGAUGACUGCGAACACGGACGCGGUGCAAGAGAAGGUACUGGCGGAAAUAUUGACCCGCAACGCCGAGACAGAGUACCUGCGGAGGUACGGGCUCGACGGCGCCACCGACCGAGCCACCUUCAAGGCUAAGGUCCCCGUGGUCACCUACGAGGACCUGCAGCCGGAGAUACAGAGAAUCGCUAACGGAGAUCGCUCCGCAAUCCUCUCCGCCCAACCAAUCUCUGAGUUCCUGACCAGUUCCGGGACAUCUGCUGGCGAGAGGAAGCUGAUGCCAACUAUCAAAGAAGAGCUCGACCGCCGGCAGCUCCUUUACAGCCUUCUCAUGCCCGUGAUGAACCUUUACGUGCCGGGGCUGGACAAGGGGAAGGGGCUCUAUUUCCUUUUCGUGAAAUCGGAGACGAAGACCCCCGGCGGGCUGACUGCACGGCCAGUUCUGACGAGCUACUACAAGAGCGAGCACUUCAAAAGCCGCCCCUACGACCCGUACAACGUGUACACAAGCCCCACUGCCGCCAUCCUCUGCGCCGACGCCUUCCAGAGCAUGUAUGCUCAGAUGCUCUGCGGCCUGCUACAGCGUCUCGACGUUCUCCGAGUUGGCGCCGUCUUUGCCUCCGGCCUCCUCCGGGCCAUCCGCUUCCUGCAGCUCCAUUGGAAGGACCUCUCCAACGACAUCGCCGCCGGCUCCCUUACCGCCAAGGUAACCGAUCCCUCAGUCCGCGCCGCCGUGGCCGAGCUCCUCCGCAAACCGGACCCGGCGCUGGCCCAGAUCGUGGCGGCCGAGUGCACCAAGGGCGACUGGGGCGGUAUCAUCACGCGCAUCUGGCCCAGCACCAAAUACCUCGACGUGAUCGUGACGGGUGCCAUGGCGCAGUACAUCCCCACUUUGGAGUACUACAGUGGUGGCCUUCCCAUGGCUUGCACCAUGUACGCCUCCUCGGAGUGCUACUUCGGGCUCAACCUGCGGCCCAUAUGCGAACCUUCAGAGGUUUCCUACACCAUCAUGCCCAACAUGGGCUACUUCGAAUUCCUCCCGCACGGCGACGGCCACGGCCAGGACAAGGCCCAGCAGCUGGUGGAUCUGGCGGACCUGGAGGCAGGGAAGGAGUACGAGCUGGUUAUCACCACCUACGCCGGCCUGAACCGCUACCGGGUUGGAGACAUCCUGCGGGUGACCGGGUUCUACAACGCGGCGCCGCAGUUCCGAUUCGUGCGCCGCAAGAACGUGCUCCUCAGCAUUGAGUCCGAUAAGACCGACGAGGCGGAGCUGCAGCGAGCGGUGGAGAGCGCGUCGGCGCUGCUGCGGCCCUACGACGCGACCGUGGUGGAGUACACGAGCCACGCUUACACCAAGUCCAUCCCCGGCCACUACGUCAUCUAUUGGGAGCUUCUGGCCAAGGGGGCCUCCGGCGGCGCCGAAGCCCUGGAAGCGCUGUCGCACGUCGGAGUGAUGGAGCAGUGCUGCCUGGCGAUGGAGGAGGCGUUGAACGCGGUGUACCGGCAGAGUCGGGCGGCGGACGGGUCGAUCGGGCCGCUGGAGAUCCGCAUGGUGCGCGGCGGCACGUUUGAGGAGCUGAUGGACUACGCCAUCUCAAGGGGAGCAUCGAUCAACCAAUACAAGGUGCCGCGCUGCGUCACCUUCCCGCCGAUACUAGAGCUCCUCGACUCCCGCGUCGUCUCCACCCACUUCAGCCCCGCGCCGCCCACGUGGUCGCCGCACCGCCGUCCGGGAAACUGAGACACCACCCGACUGCAUCCAGAAAGGGAAAAAUGAAAGGUACCAAACGUCGGUCAACGGUUGACCUACUUCUCGUUUUUCUAAUAACCUAAUUAAGUAAAUUUAGAUUUAUCGUUCUUAUUUCUUUUUCUUUUACUUUAGGGAAGCGUUGUGAUUAUGCUUUUAAUGUAGACAACGUGUAAUGGUUAAAUAGUUAAUGAAAAAUAAUUUGGCACACA